GCAGGGGGCCGGUCCCGGUCCCGCGGUGGUUCCCGCGUCGCGCCCGAUGCUGCCGGGCCGGGGCUGAUGGUGUGGCCAGGCCGAGUGCUGCUGUUCUGAGCAGCCUGUGCAGAAUGAUGGAAGACUUCAGGAAUAUCGCCGACGAGACGCUCCCGAGCUUCUUGGGCUAUUCCUUGAACAGCAGCGCGAGUGUCGCCUUUGAGAAUGUCACUGUCGCCUCAAACCCGGGAUUACCUGUGGCGGCCUCCACUGUUGCCAGGAGCCAAAAGGAGUGUGACAACAGGCUUUCUGAUAACUGUGCAUCCUAUUUAGAUGGAAAGCAUUCAUCUCCAUCAGGAUCUUCUCACAGUAGUCAGUCAGGUCCUGAACCAAUGCAGGGACUUGCUCUCUGCUUUCCUGAUGACAUGGACGUUGCCACACAAGUUGUAGAGCCUCAGACAACUUGUGUUAGUUUGAAAGAAUCCAACUCAAUGUAUGGAGAGCAAGAUCAGAAUGUCACUGAGCAUUCAAAUCGCAGUCAAGGUACUUCGCGUGAAGUCUUGCCGCCUGAGCGAUUGGAAGAUUUGCCAAGUGGAAUAUGUUUUCUUCCAGACAUUAGGAAUAACCAGAUUGGUCCAUCUGAACCUUCUGAAAAGUUGAUAGAAAGUGAAAUCUCAAGUGAUCACCUUAGCAAUAGCCUUUCAAGUUUUUUGGAAAAUGAGAAACUCUCAUCUCUUCCAAGUUCAGACGAAGAUGCCACUGAUGAUGAUAUUGAUGAUGCGGAAUUCUUUGAUAACGAACUAGAAGCCUAUUUUGAGCAGCUGAUAAAACCAGAAGUGAUGAGAGGAGACACCAACCUGCAGAAACUCUCAGAAUGCUGGCGAGCGCUGAAGCUUUCUGAAAAUGGCUUAUUUCAAGAGAACUUUCAGGAUUCUGCCAGUUACAAGGCUGUGACAGGAGUAGACUCUGGAAAUGCUAGUGAUGAAGAUUCACAAAAUGAAAGAUGUCCUGUGCAAAGAGAAAUGCUACCUAGAGCAGUACAGCAACUGAAUUCCGUGACUACUGGAGAUGUGCUGGAUUCCCGCCCUGCUGCUGAGUUGCGAUUAGAUUCACUGUAUCUCCAGUGCAUGGACAGCCGAAAAGCUGAUGUCUCAGACAUCCUUCCAAAGCAAGAAAUACAGUCCUCUGACUGUCAGGCUGCUUCUUCUGAUGCAGAAGUACUAAACACAGCAAGAGGGUUUUUGGGGCAUGGCGCCACUCCUGAAGUUCUUAGUGCAAAUGCACCUCAGGCAGAGGCACCUGAAUGUGAAGUUGGUCUUCCUGAUGCUUACCUGUCACCAACUGGAGACAACUCUGAGAACUUAAGUUUAGGUGCAACAGACAAAGGUGAUUUACCACACAGCAUUGUCUAUCAAAAUGAAGAGGGCAGAUGGGUGACUGAUCUUGCAUAUUAUACUUCAUUUGAUGAAGAACAAGAUUUAAAUCUGUCUGAGGAUGAUAAAAUAAAUGAGGAGUUCAUUACUGGCUCUGAAGCAGCAGCUAUGAUUGCACAGGACGAGGAAGAAUUUGAGAAAGCACACAGACUUGUGCAGGCAGAAAGAGUAGAUGCAUCUGAAUUAGCAAAUACUUCAUGGAAAUCUGCUAAUAGCUGCAUUCUGCUGAGAACAUCUGAUCUUGACAAAGAUGCCAGUUAUUUACGUUUGUCUUUGGGGGAGUUCUUUGGUCAGAGAUCUGAAGCUCUUGGUUGUCUUGGUGGAGGCAGUGAUGUAAAACGGCCAUCUUUUGGUUACUAUAUUACAUCUCCAAAGAAAAGGCAACCUGUUGCUUUGCUAAGGCAGUCUGAUUCAUCAGGAGGUGACACCAUCCAAGAGAUUUCACAGUUGUCUGAGGUGCUCUCAGAUGACCUAGAAGCACAAACAAAAGAACAUGCAAAUUCUACUAGCUCGGAAGAUUCGGGGCAUAGGAUGGAUACUGCAGCUGGAAUACAUAAAAACAUUAAUACAGAAGCUGCUACCAAAAGUGAAGCAAAGGAUGGAACUCAUAAAGACAAGUUUGAGGACGGCUUAUCUAAUCAUUCUGACUCUGUCCUGAGUAUUAGCACAAUUGCAGCUGCUAUUGCUAAUGCUUCAACCAGUGCUGAACCUUCCCAGCUAGCUGCUAUGAUGAUGGCACUCUCUAAUAAAAGUAAAAGAACACAUUUGCUUCCUGGAAUUGUUAAAGAGGUGGAACUGUCUGCUACUCAGGUAUUAUCCAGCAAUGAUGAAAAUAGUGUAUUUGAUAUGGAAAAAUACCUCAAAAAAACAGAUGAGAACGGACAUGAAAGUGAAUAUGAGAGUAUUGUGAAACAUGAGGCAUCUGUGCAGAACCUUAUCUCUGACACCUUGUUACUGGGUAAAGAUAAAAGUAAGGAUGCUCUUGCAGAAGACUUGAUGAGUAAUCAGAGCAAACAGCAAGAAAUAGAAAAACGAUUGCUGAAUUAUCUCAAUGAAGGAAGUGAUAGUGAGAAUUUUUCCAGUCUGUCUAGUGUUCCCAACCAUGAAGAUGUAACUGUGGAUAGUGUUAAAUAUUCAGAAAAGUUGUCAGAUGUAGUAAAUAGUAAACAUUUACAGUCAAUGGGUGCUGAUGUUAGAUCAGAUACACUCAAUGGAAAUGAAGCCUACACAUGUGGAAUUCCUUUAGCAGUAAACAGGGAAGUGGCACAGAGAAGUCCCCUUGCUUACCAGAACAGCAAUCUCAGUAGUAGAUUUUGUAUAAGAGAAGGUGGAGAAACAGUAGAUCAAACAACAAAUGCUGUUCCUGAACCACGUAAUGGUUUGUUGGAGGGAAGUACAGGAAAUACUCUGUGUCUCAGCAACUUAAAACCUACCAAGCAAUCUAUUAGAUACGUCUCAGUAAGUCCUACAAAUGCAAAGCCUACGCAGAAAUUGGACAAUGAUGAAAGGAAGCAAAAUGCAGAAAUAGAGAAGAGAAACAAGGAUGCCGAUACUGCUUGUGGUGGGAAUGGAAAACGUGUAACUUUUCAGAAGCUCUCCCCACCUUCCCAGAAUAGUACUGACAAUAAAUCUAUUCUACCUGAAUGUGACUUACAGCAUCUGGAGGAUGAGCAGUAUAGCUUCAGACCUUCAACUUCACCUCUGAUUCACUCUUCUCCUAGUGAGACUUCUGGAACAGCGUUUUCAGGGUCUGAAAAGGACUUUACUUGCCCGUCCCAGUAUCAGGAAUCUUCUUGCAAGGAGAAUGUAGUACCUCAGUCAGUUUACUCAAGUCCAAGCAUGAGCAGAUUGACAUAUGUCUCUGCAGCCAGCAGUACCCAUAAGAACACGGCAGCAGUAUGUAGUCCAGAGACAUACUGGGAUGAAAAUGCUAGUGAACUGAGCACAACAAUAAUUCGAGCCAGCCCAACUCCUCCACGGGAACAUGCAAAGGAGAAUCUAGAAGACCACUCAUGUCAAAGAAAUAGAAAAGAAGCAGUACCUAGUAUUGACCAGAAACGAGAAGAAAAUGAACUUGUGGGUCUUCAAAGGAAACUUGAUAAUUUACUGGAUCAAGAACUGUCUGAAGAAGGUUUUCCAAAGAAUGAAAAGCAGAUUGCAUCUAUUCCUUCAAAUGUACCAGCAAAUCAUAAAGAGCCAGACCAUGUUAAAUCAGCUUUACCAAGUAAAUUAUGCACCUUUCAGCCUCAUUCGGUCAGUGUUGAUACACAAGAAGUGUGUCAGGACCAGACAAACAAAGCACAGAGACAAGGAUUACAAUCUGUGAAUGUAUUACCUGUAUAUUCUGGAUUAAACACUUACAUGCCAUGCAAUCAAAACUCAUCUGGUGAACAGUAUGUUCCUAUUUCAACAUUUAAAUCCCAUGUCACUACCUCUGAGAGUCAAGCAAUUCCUUCUUCUGUUCCCCCCUUGCUUGCAGGGCAUUCUCUUGCAACAACUCCAUUUGCACAGCAGCAUCUGGGAAAUAUGCUGUCUUCUGGAAAUACAGUUCUGUCUCAGUUUCACGGCUGCAUCUCUGCAGGUUUUGGACUUACAGCAGGGCUUCCAUGUUCCAAUAUCACAGCAGGACAUGUUGAGAAUCCACUUACUGUAGGAAUUCCUUUAGGUCCAAAUAUUGGUCCUGGCUCUUUGGGUGCAGCUUCACUUUAUAAUCCACACUCUACUGCAUGGAAUAAUAAUAUCUUAAAUAUAAAAUCAUGUACUGGACAACCUCUUGGAGCUGGUAGAAACGAGUGGGAGUUGUCAAAGUCACCUGGUAUUGGACAUGUAAAAGUACCAGAAGAACUGAAGUUCCCUAAUGCCUGUUGUGUGGGAAUUGCAUCACAGACGGUUCUUAGCAUUUAUAAUCCAACUGACCGGUGGUUGCAGGUCAGCAUUGGAAUACUCAGUGUUUCAAUUAAUGGAGAAAAGAUGGAUCCUAUGAAGUAUCAGUGUCUGGUUUUCAAGAACAAAAUCAUCGUAGGAUCCUAUUCUACCAACGAUCUGAAAAUACUUUUCUUGCCUUCUCAUUCGGGGAUCUUUCAGUGUAUUCUCAAUGUUUCAUCUUGGCCGGUUGCUGCAGAUGCAGAGACAAUUGUUCAGUCAGAAGCUUUGGCAAGUAGAGUAGUUCUGACAGCAGUCGCUGAAAAUCCUCAUUUAGAAGUGGAACCAGGAAAAGGAGAUUGUCUGGACUUUGGUGACUUAACUUAUGGCAGUUGGAAGGCUCUUCCCCUAAAACUUAUCAACAAAACUCAUGCUUUUGUGCCAAUUAGACUUAUUAUUAAUGCAAAUGCAGUAGCUUGGCGGUGCUUCACCUUUUCCAAGGAACCUGUUAAUCCUUCUGAUGAACAAAUGGAUGCAGUUUCUCAGACAACAGCUCCAUCAGUUGUAAAUCAUGUAAUACAUGCAAGCUAUGAUGGGCAAGAUCCUGAAGCUUUGACAGUUUGGGUUCUGUUCCAUGCACCUAAGAAACAAAUUUCUUGUUCAGAUCCCUUGGGUCCAGCGGAUGAGUUCCUGGCAAGAGUGGAUGUGGAAGUGGACAGUCCAGGACCUACCACUGUCAUUACAAGUGUUUCUCUCCGAGCAAGAGCUGGAACAGCAAGGAUACAUGCUCCAAAGGAUUUACAGAAAAUACAUCUGUCUACUAGUGUGGGUUCAACAGCCAAACAGCAGCUGCCACUGAAAAAUGCUGGAAACGUUAGUGUAUAUUUGAAAGUUAAGACAUCAGAUCAGGACAGCUGCUUUGCUGUUGAACCCGAGGGCCUUUUCCUUUUUCCUGGAGAAGAACAAGCAGUGACUGUCCUGUUUUUUCCAAAAAACGUAAUAACUACAGAAAGUACUUUGAAAAUCCUUGUGCUGCCAUCUGGGCCUCAGUAUGAUGUGGUGAUAAAAGGUGAGGUGGAGUCUGAGAAAAAUAGACCUGUGUCUACAGCUACUGGGUGCUCAGACAUUCCACCCAUUCUCUCCAACAAACAAUUCAUUGCCUGGGGAGCAGUAUCACUUGGAUCAUCAGUACAGAAGAAGUUAACUCUAAGAAAUGACUCUCCAUCUGUGACCCAGCAUUUAAGACUGUUAAUAAGAGGCCAGGAUCAAGACUGCUUUCAGCUGCAAAGUAUAUUUGGGUCAGAAGAACGCUUCACUAGUCAUUGGGAACUCAAAAUCCGUCCCAAAGAAGAUACUAACAUAUACUUGAUGUUUACACCUACUCGAGUAACUUGCUGCUUUGCAAAGCUGGAAAUCAAACAGCUGGGCAUUCGAUCACAGCCAGGAAUUAAGUUUACUAUACCACUGUCUGGAUAUGGAGGAACAAGCAAUAUAAUUUUAGAAAAUGUUAAGAAGUUGUCACAUAGUUACAUGGUUACACUGGAUGGAUUACUGUCGGCAAGAUUGCGGAAAGCUUCCUUCCAUGUAAGAAACACGGGUUCUCGGGCUGCCUAUGUUAGAGCACUGUGCUUGGCAAAUGUACAGACCAAAACAGUGAUGGAUCCUCAAGUAGUGAUUGUAUCUCCAGACAAGUUUGUACUAAGAGAAGGAACACAUGAAGUGGUUACUGUAACAUGGAAUCCAAAGGAAACAUUCCAUACAACAAACAUGCUGGUAUCAACAGUAUUUUUUUUUUGUGGAGAUGAAGUUUCUAGGCAGCAGUAUCGCAGAGCUGUGAGGUAUAAACCUGAGAUAGAAAAACACAUAAUUCCAGAAAACAGCUUAUUAAGAAACAUUGUAUUUGAUGAAGAAUUUAAAGGGGAGCAGCUUGUGACAGAAGUAUGUGGUAUCCCACGGGAGACAAAUGAUAUCUGUCUUUUCUAUGCAAAUAUGCAAAAGGUUAUCCUUUCUGUGGUUGGAUAUUCCACUUAUGAUCAGCACUCUCCUGGAUGUCAUUUGGAAUUGGACAGGUUUGAGAACGUUGUCAGACAUACCAAUGCAACUCUGGAUGUUCUUCCUGUUAAGGGACCUCAGGGUCCUUCAGUAUCUGUAAAAACUAAUGAUCUGGUUCGGAAUAAAUCAGACACUCAACAGACUUGGGCUGUUAAACCUGACUGUUUGACUUUGACGUGUCCUUCUAUUGGUGGAACAGCGGAUACUAGACAUGUGCAAGUUGUCAACAAUUCCAACAGAACGUUGACAUUUGAGCUUUCCUGGCCAGCUCACUGCCUUACUAUAACCCCACAACAUGGAGUUGUUGAACCAGAGAGCAGUGCACUAAUUCUGGUGAGUCCUAAUCCUGCACUUGCCACAAAGCCUUCAUUAGUUCCUUGGAGUGGCCUAGUCUAUAUCCAUAGUGGUAAUGGACUAAAGUUUGUUAAAGUGCAUAUUCAAGAGGCAGCCACACACAGAGUGUCUGGAACAGACUUUCCAUGUAGAAGAUGUGAUAUAUUUACUCCACAGUCAGAAAAUCCUACUGUUCAUGUGGAAAAGCCUCUCUCCAGGCUCCCUCUAACAAAAAUGGAGAUAAAGAACAGAAACAUUGUUUUUCCUAAAACAAGACCUGGCCAAAGCUCAGAGAGCUACCUGGAAAUGGAGAAUAAAGGGGAUGAAAAUGUGAAGUGGAAUUUGUCAUCUUUUGCACCACCUUAUGUUAAAGAUGUGGAUGGAAGUGGUAGUGUUUUUAGGGUUACUUACUCUGCUUUCAACUGUUCCCGUGUUUCUGGUACUCUUGAAGCUCAUGGACAAGAGAAGGUUGCUGUAAUCUUUUUACCUAGAGAUAAAGGGGAUUACUCCCAGUUCUGGGACCUUGAGUGCCACCCAGUUGAAAAGCCUAGUUGGAAACAUAAAUUAAAAUUUCAGCUUUCUGGGACAGGUGCUAAACCAGAAAGUGCAACUCCAGUUGUGGAAGCUUCUGCAAGUGCCCUUACAAAAACUGAGUUGCCAGUUAUACCAGAAAAGAAGGUUUACUCUGAAGGACGCACAAGAAUAGGACAAAAGGAGAUAAUUCAAGGGGUAUAUGCACCACAAGACCUCUACGUUUUUCCUCCAGCAAGAGUUGGGGAAACAUGUACAUUAAAGGUCAACUUACGGAAUAAUUCGCUUAAAACACAUGUGCUGGAAUUUUUAAGUCCCAGAGAGCCUUUCUACAUCAAGCACUUGAAAUACUCUCUAAGAUCCCAUCAUUACAUCAAUGUGCCAGUCCAGUUCAAGCCAAAGGCAGAAGGAAUAUUUGAAGAUCUCUUCGUUGUGCUGACAAUGGAAUAUGGCCCAGUUAAUAUUCGGCUACGUGGUAAAGCUAUUCCAAAAAAAUAGUCAGAAGAAUUUUAUGAGUGUUUAUAAGAAUUUAUAACAGUUUAUACCACUUAAGAUAUUCAAAGGUUUGCUACUAUAUUUCUGUACUAAUGUCUUACUUGUUUUGCCCUGUGAUGCUGCUUUGAUGGAAAGAAUUCUGUAAGAUAAAUGAUGGUGCUUGUCUUACAAAUCUGUUUUCAUAGUAAAAACAUUGAGAAAUAACAUUGUAUGUUUUAAAGUUAUAAUUUUCUAAUUUAUGUUUCUGCACUUUUGAUGAAAAUGGAAGUUUUCUAUUUUUGCAUUUAUUGGGAAUAGCUAGAUACUGAUAUAUUUUAUUUUAAGCAUUGUAAAUACA